AUGUGGGCACCGCCCGUGAGGAGGACUCUGCUCAUUCUGACCCUCAGGCUCCUGUUCCUGCACCCCGCGGCGCCGGGCGCCUGCCCGGGCAGCAGCCAGGAACUCCUCACGCAGCUGUGGAAGCUGGCGAACCUCAUGCAGCACCCCGACUCGCUCCUGGAGCCCUAUAUCCAGGUCCAGGGCCUGGAGGAGUCGGGACUGGCCGGGAGCUGCCGGGAGCGGCCGGGGGCCUUCCCCAGCCUGCAGGCGUUGCGGGCGCUGGGCCGGCGCGCCUUCCUGCGGACGCUGAGCGCCCAGCUGGGCCCCGUGCUGCGCCUGCUGGCCGCGCUGCAGCAGGAGGCCCCCGACCCGGCCUGGGAGGAGGCCGGGCGCUACCUGCUGGGCAUCCGGAACAACGUCCACUGCCUGGCCCUGCUGCUGCCCGGCCCCCCGGAGACGCCCGGCCCCACGCCGGCGCGCCCCGGGACCCCCCCGCCGCCCCCCGCCGCCCCCAACAGCUUCGCCCGCAAGCUGGAGGGCUGCCGGCUGCUGCAGGGCUUCCACCGCUUCAUGCACGCGGCCGGCCAGGUCCUGGGCGAGUGGAGGGCGGCCCCGGGUCCCCGGAGCCGCAGGCACAGCCCCCGCCGGGCCGUGCGGGGCGGGGGGCGCCGGCCGCGCGGGAGGCAGCCCCCCGGGAGGGGCCGGAGACGGGAGCCCCGGGGGCAGCCGCCCCGGUAG